CGUGUAGUGCCAGCGGCCAAGAGCACGGAAGCAACUUCAGGUACCUCGGCCCGUUUCCAUACGGGCCGUCGUUCAGCUUUGUCCAAGUUCGUGCCUAGGGUCUCAGCUUUCGUUGCCGUGCGUGUCGGGCAUCGCCUCGCUCCCCGUCCUGCACCUCUCUCUCUCUCUCUCUCUCUCUCUCUCUCUCUCUCUCUCUCUCUCUCUCUCUCCUCCCCCCUACGCAACGUACCAUGCUGCUUUGCCUACGCGACCUACCGUGCAACGUGCUACCUGUCUCGUGCAAUGGUGCUGGCGACGUAAAUUUGAGCACUCUUUCCCUCCUCUCUCUCUCUUUCUCGCUUCUCUGUGCUACAUGCAACGUGAUUGGUGUUCGUGAAAUUCGUGCGACGUGAAUAACUAGUGCUAUAUCCUACGUGCUCCUAGCUACGUGUCACGUGCUCCUACCUACGAGCUACGUGCUUCGCGCAUUGGUGCCGGCGACGAAAUGCUCCAAGAUGCACGCUCAGCAUUAUGGCUCGGCUCACAUGGCAACACUACUUCUGACAACUCCCCCCAGCGAAUAGCAACUGCGAUUCGGAAGCAGGCGAAGCAGAUGGGGUGCUGAUUACUUCAUUCAUACAUUACAAGCCUCUGCUUGCUUAACGACAAUCGCACUCCUAUAACUGAAGGAGACUUUGGACCACUCCCCCUGGCCAAUUCUCAAUCAUUAUACCAUCUGGGCCCACUGCACCGAGACUGAAACCCACACAUACAUGCACUUGCAUGGGCACACACACACACACAGAGACACACACACGCACACACACGCACACACAUAGAGAGGCAAAACUCAGCAAGUAAGCACAUGACAUACAUAUCACAAACAUAUUCAGCAAACACAGCAAACAGACUUGGAAUCGGAAGCUUGAGCAAUCAGAUGAAUGAGACAGCAUUUUCUCAGAAAGGUUGAAGUUCCCAGAGUGCAACUGUGUGGGUCAUUUCACAAAGCGCAAAAUAAAGAACGAUGCUGAGAAGGUAAUGGCUUCCCCCAAAAAACGAUAGAAGCCUAUAGAAAGAGAGAAAAGGUUAGGCCGUAUUCCCUCCAGUUUUCUUGCAAGCGAAGCUGCAACAGGGCACCUAGUAUAUAUUUAUAUUUUAUUAUAUAUAUUGUCAUACAUAUAUAGUCAAACAGAGCUGCCUACGGUAAACUGUAGGCAGAGAGGGACAAGAGGGAGAAGAGGACAACAAACGAGGGGCUGUGACAAACUUUUUCGUCGGAGUUUGACCGACUCGUAUGAUCCUGAGAUUGGACGGGUGAAUAGGAGGACGUACUGGAAAGGUUUUUUUUUUUUUUUUUUUUUUUUUUUCAGCGAAGUGGUACGAGUACGUAUGUCAGGCUGAGAGAAAAAAAGGAGCUUGUUGAGGAGAGAGAGCAUCUUGCAGUGAAGAGCGUCUUUGUCACGUCGUGCUUUCCCUCCCCCCUCUGCACCCUCCUCUGACGAUGAGCGUCGCUGUCUCCUCGGCGGGUGCUUUUCUUCUUACCUCAUGUCAUAAUGAGGAUUCAACGCUGCUACCGGUCGCUGCGGCUGCAGUCCGCCGCCGGCACGUGGCGGCUGCAGCGACCCAGCGGUUCCGCCGACGGCGGUGGCAGCGGGAUGCGCGAAUCCCGCGGCUGCUAUUUUGCGAUUGCUGCCGAUCUCCUUCUUCAUCCUUCUCCUCACCGGAGGGGCGCGGAGAUGGCCUGCAUGCGGGGGUCCCUUCCGCUCGCGAUGAGCCUCGCGCAGGGAGUGAUGGCUAUGGCUACGGCGGCGUAGCUGGCGCGUCACGCAGAUCGAGAUUGAACCACAGCGCAGCAGUUCAGGUACGCGCCUCCUCCUCCUCCUCCUCCUCGCCCUCCCCCUCCUCUUCUUCUUCUUCUCCGAGCGCGAGAGAAGCCGUGGAGCGGGGACUUUCCCUUUAUGGAAAGUCACGGAUCUCCGAUGCACUUGCCUGUUUCGAGGAAGCCCUGUCCAUGAGGCCGAGCGCCGAGGUAGCGCAGGCGGCACUCUACAACAAGGCUUGCUGUCAUGCGCUGAGGGACGAGAACGAGGCUGCCGCCGAGGCUCUCCGCACGGUCCUAUCCAAGUACAACCUCAGCUUCGGCACAAUUCUCAGUGACCCGGAUUUGGAAACCUUCCGUGCGACCGCCAUCUUUGCUGAGCUGCAGAAUCAGGCUUUGGCGGGCGACCGGUCGGCGGGUCAAGGGUUUCGAAAAGACCUGCGCAUGAUCGCCGAAGUCCAGGCCCCUUUUCGAGGGGUGAGGCUGUUCUUCUACUUGUCGUUGACGGCAGCAGCCACCAUCUCCACAUUCUUUACCAUCCCGCGGCUAAUUGCUGCUCUAAAGGGGGUUCCGGGGGGGGCGGGCUUGGGUGCACCUCCGCCUCCCGAGGUGGUCCCCACUCUUCAGAACCUGGCCAUCAACCUUGGAGGCAUUGCCUUGUUCGCUGUGCUUUACCAGUGGGACAAGAGGGGAGAGGAGCAGCAGAUCCGGCGGAUCGCCAGGGACGAGACGCUCUCGCGGCUGCGGGUUCGGCUUUCAACGGGGAAAAGUCUCACCCUGGAGCAGUUGCGCGGCACCAGCAGGCCCGUGAUAAUAGCGGGGAAGGCGGAGGCGGUGGCUCAGGCUGUGAAGAGGGCAGGCAGGUACAGAACAGAGCUGCUGGAGAGGGGGAUCCUGCUGAUUCCACUUGUCUUUGGAAGUGGAAAUGACAUAUUGGACCAGCGGAGGAAGAAAGGAUUUGGGUCGGCUGUGGCAGCAGCAGCGGCGGGCCCAAGUCCACCGACUACAGCAGUUGGACCACCAGGGAACGCAACAAUGACUGACGAGUUCGCGGAGAGGGCGAAGACGCUCGCUGGGAAAGCCGUGGAAGAGGCGGAGAGGAAGUUCAAGGCAGAGCCAGUCUCGCAGCAAGGAUGGGAGCAGUGGAUGCUGCAGCAGCAGGAGGUCACAGGCGGCGUUCAGCCAGGGGAGGAGGUGUAUGUUAUUCUGAGACUGGACGGGCGAAUACGGCGUAGCGGCAAGGGUACGCCGGACUGGGAACAGCUCGUCAACGAGCUUCCGCCAGUGAAAGCAUUUGUCAGUCAGCUGGAGAAAUGAGGCUAUGCACUGGUCACGCGUAUGCUGCGCACCCACCCCACAGACUGGGACGGGGCCUAUAGUAAGUUUAAGUUUAUAUAGAUAUAUGUAGUCAAACAGAAUGUUUAUAUUUACAUAUUUGUUUAUAUUUACAUAGUAUCCGGAGAUUGGACUUGUGAAUAGAAGGACGAACUGGCAACGGUUUUUUUUUUUUUUUUUUUUUUUUUUUUUUUUUAAUUCCACGCUAGGAAAAAAACGGAGCUUGUUGACGGGAGAGAGUAUCCGCCAGCUUUUGGGGCAGCUUUUGGGGUAGUGAGAGCAUUCGCUCGUGGCCAGCUUCUGGAGAAAUGAGGAUGACGAGGGCGGGCGAGGUCGCAUGAGGGCCUCGUUCCAUACCACUACACUACAGUCGGAACUGUAGUGCUACACCCG